CAUAGGCGUUUGUUAUUGAAUCUCCCGCAACUACAAAUACUUUUACUUACCAUUUGUGUAUCAUACUCGCUCACGUUUUUCAAGGCUAGGCACGACACACAAGCCGAAGAGCGGAAGGACGAUGGCUCCCAAAAUCAACAAGAUUGGAGACCUUAUGUUGGCAGAAGUCUUCGACCUGGGUGGUGAAAAUUUCUUGUACACAGAAUUCCACUACAUUGACGAGGAUGACGUCGUUUACCACGGCCAGCUCAAAAUGGAUAAACUGAAGAUCAGUCUGGAGCAAUUCAAGUCAGCUCUCCAGCGAAUCCCAGACGAGGAACUUUACGCCCAGCUGCCUUUGGAUGCAAACUACACUCUCGCCUCCGACGACGCCGACGAGAAUACCUUUUACUUCAAACGGCCGAACAUCUUUCACUAUGAUCGGUACAAGGAAAAUGAUUCCCUGGACAGUUUUCCCAUCAUGAUGCUGGAAGAGAUCAAAGCCUUGGAGCUUGUUUCACAGCAUCCCCAUCCCAACAUCGUCAAGUACCACGGCUGUCGGGUACGGCGAGGACGCAUCACUGCCAUUGUCCUUGACAAGCACCCGCAGAGCUUGAGAGAUAUCGCCGAUGAUAACGCCCUGGGCACCCUUGACAGGGAAGCCUUUAUGGCUGCGCUCGAGUCGGCUGUCAAGCACCUUCACUCACUGGGCUUGGCUCACAACGACAUCAACCCACGGAACAUCCUCGUUGACGCAAACGGCAUGCCCGUUUUGGCCGAUUUUGGCUCCUGUAACAGGAUUGGCGAGAAACUGGGACUCUCUCGGGGAACACGUGGUUGGAUUGAAGGAGACAUGAAAGAUUAUACUACCUCCGAGGCUCGUCAUGACACAUUUGCCGUCGAAAAAAUUCGAGCCUGGCUAGAGAACCCUGAUCCACCGCGAUCUUGAGGCUCUGAGACUGAGGUGCUUUCUUUGUUUGGAUGUAUAGGAAUCGUGCUGAUGUUGGGAAGGUUACAGUUGAGUGGAGGGAUUUGGCGAAACUCUCUGGAGAAGCUGAGUUAUGGCUCAUAGAUCUUGAAAUGGGUUUUCUCCUAUUACCAACCCGAGGUCAGAUAACAGUAAUACAAGUGGUAUCAACGACUCAUUCACCCAACUGUUUGCGGGUUGACAAUGUAAAGACACUUACCCCAUACAGAGUCC